CUGGCCUCCCCCUCUUAUGAUCUUACCAUGCCGAUACGUCUGGAGGUCACGCAAAUUAGAGGUCUCCAUCUACAGGGCAUGUGCUCACUGUGCUAAGAUCCGCAGCAAAAUCCAAGUCGUCCCCAUUGAGAGAUCAACCAAAAAACCAUGUUUCCGCCUGAUCAGCCUGAUCUGGCUGUUUGUCAUUUCAAGUUCGUGAAACUCAAUCAGAAAUGAUAUAAACAAAUUGCCUCAGACGCCUUUCUCUGAUCUUCGCGUACGCCAUGAGGUUGAGCAUCGGGAAAAAUCAUGGCGGGACUUUCCAAGGCACAAAUCGUAUGCCUCGAAAAUCUCGUAAGUCAUCGAGGCACAAACGAGCCCGGGAUCAGGUGAACGCCUCCUGAUCCAGGGCAAGCCUGAGGAAGGUUGAUCCCAUCGCGAAAGGUGGAACCCACGCGCCUCGAGCUCAUACACAAAUACAUCGCCAUCUUCUCUCAACCUCUUUCUUUUCUUCUCUUCAGACGAAGGCGCUCUGUCAACACUGCUGAUGAACAUUUAGGUGCUGGUCACGAUGUCAUUCACAACUACGAGCUCUUCGUCCUGUAGCCCUGCACCCAGGUGGUGUUGGGCUACAGAAGGUUUGUACUCUGACACCUCCUCUGACAUGCUGAACUACGUCGCAGGUGAUUUUCAUCGAUCUCCGUCGCGAUCCACGAACUCGAUCUUCGGUCCUUCUCCCUCCUCCCCUACUCCUCCCUCUCCUCCUUCACGCCGACUUCCUACUCUCCGCACGCCGAUAGUCCGCCAUGCCGGUCCCUGGCUCCGAGCCGCCGAGUCUCCCCGACGUCGACGACAGCCACGGAUCCGACCAUCGCCAAGACCGGGGCCCGCCCCGUUUCACUAUCGACGAGCGCCGAGUGCAGAGUCCCCGUGCCGUAUGCCAAGUGUCUCCCCUCUCCCAUUGAUCGGGUCCCCUUCCCCCACGCCAAAGGUCAAAGCGUUCUCUAAGGCUGGUCCUUUCGUCCACCCGUUGUAUUACGGGCCGAGGUUCCAGCCGAAGCCACGGUCGCCUCGACGAGCUUUCGAGACCCCAACGCCGCCUAGACCCAAAGCGUUCUCCAUGGCCGGUCCCUUCGUCCACCCCUUCUACGUCGGCCCGAGAUUCCACCCCAAGCCACGGUCCCCUCGAAGGGCUUUUGCGACGCCUUCUCCGCCAAGACUCAAGGCGUUUUCAAAAGCCAGUAGCUUCGUCCCGUGCCUUCCCACUGCUUCCCCUGGCGUACGCCGCGUCCGCGUUAUCGGUCCAAAGCUACGCCGCAGUGGUUCCGACACCGACGCCUUGACAACGACGGUGUUUUCCGGCAGCCAAACCGGCGACUUCGAUUCAGAUGAGGCGUUCCUCGAGGACACAUCUGACAUCGAGUCACCGAUCCGGGAUUCACCGAUUGUCCCAGUCAUCUCAUACCGCACACAGCCAAGCACAGCACUGAUCUCCUCCUCUGGAGGGUUCUUUGCUCGUUGCGGAGAGAUCCUCGACUCGGUAGUCCACAAGGUGGUCACAUGGGUCCGAUCAUGGUUUUGAGGCCAGACAAUUUCCGGCAGACACUUCUUUCUCAAGUGGCAUACGGUACGGGCAAUGUGAAGGAUGGAGGUUCUUGGUGUUGUUGUUGUUGGUGUGGUGGUGGUGGUUGAUGGUGGUGGUGGUUGAUGGUGGUGGUGGUUGAUGGUGGUGGUGGUUGAUGGUGGCGGUGGUUGAUGGUGGUGGUGGUGG